AAGGCAUUUGUUCGUGUCGUAUCAGUCGUAAGGGAUAGUUCUGUGAUGGGCCAAGAGUGAGGGUAGCAGCCGCAGCGUCGCAUGCCGACGCGGUACCUACCUAGGUAAUCGACUGCAUGCGUCGGACGGGCCAGUGGACACGAUAGGUACCUACGGUACGACGGGAGGUGGUGCGCUGCCAGGGCCUCACGGCCAGGACACCUUUUGUGAUGGGCGGCGCAUCGUCGUGGACGAGCUGUCGGGAUGGACUACAAAGGAUGUGCGUCCUUGGAGCAACGGUUGAACGCAUGUCGAGCAGCACCUAAGCUAAGAUACAGAGGGGUUCCAAGUUGGUACUAGGUAACGUUAGUGGAGAGGGGAAAUGACCCCGCUGCUGACGACAGCCCGACAGGCAGAUAGCGGGAUGUGGACGACGUACAGGCAGAAGAGUGGGUACAUGGUGUGAGACGGCACCCUAUGGGAAAAGGGUGGGCCCACGCCAGAGGUCCUCUCUCCUCCCUCUCUGGCUGGCUGAUGUAUUGGAUUCCAACGACGACAACUCCAUACUACUAACGAUCUCGCUUCUUGUGCAUUACAGUGCAUGCACACGUACGUUUUUAACUUUUGACAUUUGUUGCUGGCUCAUCGCCUGUCUCCCUUCUACCCUUUCAUCCGUCUAUCCAUCUAUCCAUCUAUAGGUACCUCGCCGCCAACGAAGCUUUCAUUGCUUCUUUUUUUUUUUCGUGUGACACCAGCGACGCGGCGACAACAAGACACAUCUUGCUGUCUUCGUACCACUCGACGACUACACCCGUGCCCGGAGACUACCAAAAAGGGCUCCCCCCGUCUGCUACUACUACUUAUUCGGGAAUCGUGGGCGCCUAUAGCGAGAACGCGUCCCACUACUCGGACACGGCGGCAGGUGUGACGGCGGCAGCAGCAGGAGCAGCACCAGCACCAGCACCAGCACCAGCAUGACGCCGCGAUAGCAGACCAACGUACUACCCCCCGCGACCGACUAAGCCGGCGGAGUGACACGAGACAGAGGCGGCUCGCCUGCCGCGGCGAAGCCUCGCAUCGAUACCUACCCGUCUACCUACGCUACACACACCGCUCUCGAGCGACACGGCCUGCAUCAGCCCCAUCCUCAGCUGCAGACGUGUGUGCCGCUGGACGACAAGCCUUGAACGAGGAGAGCGUUCAGCGUGUGCCUCGAAUGUGCGCCCAAGGACGACGACGACGACGAUACCCCUUUGAGGACGACCUGCGAUAACCACCCGCUGCGCGUCGAGGUACAGACACAUCAUCACUGACGCCUUCUUCUACGAUACGACACACGACUAAAUAGGACGAGAGAGCCAACGAGCCAUGUGGCCCUUCACCUCGUCAUGCCUUACCUCCUCGGCCGACGCCUGCACGGCGCCCGCCGCCGCCCGCCACGUCGUCACGCUCUCGACGGUGGUGUCUCUGGCGCCGUUUGCGUGCUGCUUCGCCCUCGUGGCAGUGCUGGCGGCGCGGCACGUCUUCCCUCGCCUGGGCGGCGGCCAUGAUGCCCUGCGCGACGGCGAGGACCACGUCUUGCCCGCCCACGCCCCCGCGUCGCUGCGCCAGGCGCACGCCGAGCACGGCCGCAAGAGCUGGGCCAGGAGGGGCGCCGCCUGGGCCUUCGGCGCCACCGUCGGCCUGGCCGCCGCGCUGGCCAUGCUCAUCCUCGCUGAGAUUGCUACCGCCGGCGGCGCCUCCAACGGGUCCGGGAUCGGUCAUGGCAGGGAGCUGGCCAAGGGCGAGGCUGUCGUCCUCCCCGCCUUGCUGGCCAUGUUGGUGACCGUGGUGCCCUGGAUCGAGUGCCGCGCCCUGGUGACGGGCAUGGGCUGGAGCUUUCAGCGCACGAGCAAGGGCAGGAUCCCGCGCGUCGCCUGGGCGCUGCAGGCGCUGCUGUUUGGCGGCUGGCUCUUCGCCUUUUGGUCCAUCGGCAGGGUCGUCCCCGAGUCAGCCGUGCGCCAGCCGCCGGCCAGGUCGCUCGCCGGCUCCGCCAUCGACCGGAUGUUGGGGCGCAAGGGCGGCGACGCCGACGACGGCACUGCCGCCGGCUUCGUGGAGAUACUGACGCGGGCAUGCCUCGAGCGCGUUGGCGUCGUGGGCAUCGCCCUCAUGGCGCUUCUGGCGGGCUUCGCCUCCGUCUCGGCGCCCUGGCACACCUUUGUCGACACACCCGCGCGCAGGGGCCGGCCCGUGACCGAGGCCGAUGUCAGCCGCAAGCAGGCCGGCCUGGACGCCACGAGCGAGAUGCUGCUAACCAAGCGACACCGUCUACAGCAGCUAGAGCGCCGCGCCCUCGAGACAGCCGCAGCCGCCGGCGCCACCUCGUCGUCGGGCGGGCUGGUCGGCAAGUUCAUGGGCGGCAUCAGCAUCAUGCGCGGCGCCGUCUCGACCGAGGAGGCCGAGAUGCGCCAGCUGCGCCUCGAGAUUGCGGGGCUCGAGGAUAUGGAGGCGAACCUGGCGUCGAGCGUCGAGGCCAUCCGGGGCCACCGCGCGGCGGCGCAGCGCGCGUCGACGGCGCUCGGCCGCCUGACGCUGAUCCCGGCGUAUGUCUUUGGCAUCUACUGCGUCUACCGUGUGCUGGCGACGUGCCUGACCACGGCGCGGCGGAUGUCUCUUGCAUGGUGGUCAGGGACGCCCCUCCUAUCGUCGUCGGCCAGCGACGCGCGCGACUUCAGCCUCCACCCGACGAGCGGCGGCAGCGACGGCAGCAGCUUCUCGAGCAGCGACCCGGUGAGCCGGUUUCUGGGCCUGCUGGCGCGGCACUGGGACCCGCAGCUGGAUCAGCUGGCGUGGGCGCGGGCGGCGAGCUUCGCGCUGAGCGGCUUCAUGCUGGCGGCGUCGGCGCGGAGCGCGGCGCAGACGUUCCACCUGCUGGCGCGGUGGGUGCCGGCGGCGGCAGGGCUGCGGCGACAGGCGCGCUCGCAUCUGGCACUGGCGGCCGGCGAGGUGGCGGGCGCGUACGUGGUGUCGGCGGGCUGGCUGCUUCGGGGUCAGCUGCCGCGCGAGGCGGGCGGGCGCGGGCUCGAGGGCAUGCUGGGCGGCGGGCAGUCGUCCCUGCGCCCGGGCUUUGUGGACGGCUGGUUCGAGGGCUGGUUCCUGCUGGGCGCGGGGGCGACGAUGCUGGGCGUGUGGGUGGCAAGGAGGGGUUGGGAGAUGACGCGACUGACGAUGUGA